CCAUGAUCCACUAGCUGCCACGCCGCAUGAUGGUCCAAGCGACGGUCAAAACACAUCCAGUCUGAGCCACUUUAUUGUUUGGAAAAGCGGAAGCGAUUAGGGUAUGCUGCGAAUAAAAGAGUCUGUGGUGGCGGCGUCGAUAACCUUCCUCAUCCCCCAACCGGAUAACGGUCGCAAUAUCCCAGACCCGCCACAGUACUGACUUUCUUUUGCUGUGGACCUGAAUUGACCCAUACCUCUAGGGAAUCAUGUUCUCCUCAUUUAACCCUAAAAACCUGCCUUUCGUAGGCAAGGGAAUGCUGAAAGUCACGAGUUUGACUAAGGCUAGGAAAGAAAAUCGAGAUCCGACGCAGGAAAUCGAUUCCGCGGAUCCUGGAGUCAAUGAGUUGGAUGGCGAUAAGCACUCCACGGAAUCGGAUGAUACAUCUACGAACACCCAACCGGCUACAUCUGACUCAGUCAUUGACACAGUUUUAGAUGGCAAAUCGUUACCUAGUCACUCCUUCACUGGUUUUAUGAUGAUUUCGAAAGGCUACGCCAUUAUCAGGCGAACACUCAAAGCUAUUCCUCGAAAUCCACAAAGAAUGCACUCCCGGAAGAUGCAGUACCACUUCUCCCAGGCUUAUAGCCAAACCAAGGCCUCCACACAGCUCUCAUCUACUUCGACGAUACCAGAUGAUUCUACAGGACCGGUGUGUUAUGCAGGACCUUCUAUUGAUCAUGAUCUAUCGACGAAGAUCAAGACUUAUCUCCACAUCGCCGAGGAUGAUAUUCCGGCCGCAGUAUCAGAACCAUCUGGUCACCCCACGGAAUGCAAUGUACACGUACCGGAUGACGAUGACGACGAUUUCGUCCUAUGCAAGACUUCCCGGUGUCCGCGGUAUUGCACUAGUAACCAUUCUGUGCCCGACAGUACACUGAACCUGAGCACAACUGCUCGAGGAACACGCAAGACUGAGAAUGAUCGAAUUGUGGAUUCUGCGGGAGAGGAAGAAUUUCGUUCUCACACAAUCUGUCGCUUUCCUCGCGGCUCUACAUCCGCCCCUUCUAGCAAUACCAAGACACCCUCAGCUUCGAAAAGAGAAUCCAAACGCGUAGAUGCACGACUGACGAAUGAUGCUGAGGAAGGCACUUGUAUUCGCAAGGCCUACUGUCCCACUCAGACCCCAGUAGGCGCCACUUCCACUGAUGCCAAAGUGUCGCCAAACGCAGCCCCAUUUCUACUCCUUCCUGUAGUCGAGUCCGCUAGGCUGCCUGCCGUGCCGAUCGAGCAUCUGGGAUCAUCAACAGAAAGCGUUGCAUUCAACAGCCCCUUUGCCACAUGCCAAGUUGACGUGAGACACGUGGCAUCGUCGUCUGGUCUCAUUCCAUCGCUUCCCAUCCUACCCUCAACCGCGCUGCAUGAUCUUUACUCACCGACAGAUGGACCCAAGUUACUUGCAAACAAUGGCAUCUCGUCCCUUACAUCGAUAUUUCCUGUUCCUUUUAUGAAUCCUCCAUCGUACGGGGCAGCCUUCAAUUCCCAUGCUCUGGCAUUUCCCAGCCUACCUGAACAAGUGCUUGCCGAGCAGCCAGUCUCCACGUUUUCAGGACCCUCCCUCAGUGCUACUACGUACGACAGGUUUACCGCGGGGCCAUUCUGCUCUGGACCUUUCACUUCCGACUCGCUUGACAUAUCUUCUGACUACGCAUCUUUUGUCACAAACGGUGAUGUCCGUGCUAAAGGUCCCCUGUCGCAGCCAGAAUGGAUUGGCCAUUCCGACUGUAUUGACGUAGAAAUGGUGGAUGCUGUCAUUAAACCUACGACGUUGAUACUGCAGCAAUGCCUUGCGAAGCCUUCUGCGGAACUAAAUACGUUUAGGCCCUUCCUUGACCCUCCUCCUCUUGAUGUCACCACUGCGAUACACUAUGCUUGUACCUAUGAAUCUCCAGCUUCAAUUACCGUAUGUGGCGGAGUUUCAACAGCUGUGUCUGCAGUUGGGCCUAGCUCCGAGGAAUUCUCUAUGAAUGUCGAAGCUAGCUAUUCUCAGCCUGCAUUUGAUUCUACUGCACGUCAUUUUCCUACCGAUGUCGGACCUUCAGCUGUUCAAUCAGGGCUCGGCCAUAGUUCGCGAUGGUCUUCUAGCAUUCUUGAAGCACACUCGGCUGUAUUUUCGACGCCCAUAUUAGAACGAUCUACCGUCUUAUCUGGUUCUAGAUCCACACACUCCUGUUCUGAUCCUUCCGAGAUAUCAUUAGCAGAGCAAGAUAUUCACGAGAUCACCGCUCGGGAACAAGAGAUACAAGGGACCUCUGGGCAGGCCAAUCGUCUUCACGCCAUCCUUGAGAACGAGUACGCUCAACAUGCAAGUUCUGCAGACCUCAAGUUCGACAUGCACGAACACGCUGCAUCUCAGUCCAUUCCUUCCCUAAACACAGUGAUCCACGAGGAGAUUGUGGUGCAGCCAGUCGGUCACGUUAACGACACCAUUACCCCAGUCCGUCGCCAACCUCAGUCCAUCACCUCGUCAGCACCUCGCAUCACCGGGAGAGGCUCUGAUGGAAAAGAAACCCAGGCAGGCGACGAUACGAAGACUGAGCCAGAUGAGGACGCUAAGUCCGAGCCAGAUGAUGAGAUCAAUGAGAAGGAUGUGAACGCUGAAGUACUUGCCCACGCUAUACUCGACAUUCCGCUUCCACCAGCGAUAGUCGCAAGCGUUCAGCUCCUCGGUCAACGGAAACGGAGGAACUCGUGUUGCCGUGAAGGCAUCACCCGCAUGCGUGCAAAGAGAAGGCAGAUGAACAUUGAAGAGAGCGAGGAAGACGGCAAUGGUGGGAUUCGUGCACAUCGGAUGCGGUCUAAUCAUUUAUCGAGACCGUCACCUUAUGGAUCGGUGCCGUGGCGGCGCAAAGGUCAUGCAAAGGGACAUGAGAGAUGGUAUCCUUCGAGCGGCCUUCACUUCCAGGCCAGCGUACCGUCCGGUGAGACCUCUCAGACAUCAGCAGUUGAGUCAGGCGACAGCUUCCUGUCGUGUUCCCCGUUCAAUCUCUCUAUCCGCAAUUCAUCCAAAGUGCAUGAACUAGAGUCCACUCCAGCUCAAAGUGCCCAGCGUCACACCACCGUCCCCACAUCUUCACGACGUCGGUUGCGAGAUGAAGACUCUCACUAUAACGCCUCUGGCGAACUUCGCAACAAGGAGAGACCCUUGAAACAGACCCGAUUCAAAGGUUGCGUCGAGCAAAUGAGAGACUUUGUGCAACCCCCACCACCACCGGCAAAUCCAAUACCAGACAAAAAGAGACCGCCGGCCCUGCGUCGGGCUACUGGAUACGGGAGCGCGGGUCGUCACCUUCGGGCUCAUCAUCCCACCAACGGCAGUGUGCAGGUACGUACAGACAAGCUGGAUAUCAUGCGGCGUGCUCGCUUGGCUACAAGCAGUCCAGCUUCGAGACAUUCUCCCACCAACGACGAUGUCAUGCAGCGUGUUCGCUUGGCUACAAGUAGUCCAACUUUGAGACAUGUACUUGCGCUGAGACCACCGCGUGUUGUAUAGACACCCGGGACGAGGAUCUGAAGUUGUGUGGUUUCAUAUUUGCGGCAGCCGCAUUUCAGAGUUGCGCAAGGACGUCGUCCGUAACCCUCGCUGGAGUUUAUCUAGUAUUUACUACAUACAUUCAUACGUUUAGCUAUCAUAUACCUCAGAUGAACGUCGACACGAGCCUCAAGAAAAGUAGUCCGCACGACAGUCUUGCUUCGAGAUAGGAUGUGAAUGCCUAGUUCAAGUUAUGAACCGCAUGUACCAAUGAUUAUGGAGGUGGGGGAAGAGCCCGG